UUUUUGCAGGUAGAAAUAAUAAAACAUCUCUUGCUUGUGGAAAGUUAAUCAGAUGGUUGUUUGGGGCCAUUCUAGUCUACCUCUUUUAUAACAAAAUGCCUUUGCAGCCUCUUCCCAUUGCCACAGUGACCAUCGGCCCCCAGACUUGGUGUAAUGAGUCACUUCGUGCAAUCCAGUUAGCUAAUACACUGGUCCAAAAAUCUGAAUCCCCAACUAAGGUGAAAACUAAAACUUAUAGAGAUUAUAGAAGUCAAAGUUGUGACACAUAUAUCAAACCACUGGAGAAGGGGACCAUUACAGAUGAAGCUCAUCGUGCAUUGGGACAAGAAAAUGAAUAUCAAAGACCAUGUACAGCACCGCAAGAGUAUCUACAGACCUCCCAAAAAAUAAGCUGGCCCUUACCUUUCUUAAGAGUGUUUUGCGCAGAUGAGAGUAACCAUGUUGCAUUAGCCUAUAUGCGAGAUGUACGACUUGUGGUUUCAGAGCUGCGGCAGUUAACAGCUUGUGUGAAUGAAGAAGUAAAGAGGCUGAUUCGGGGAAGAGAAUCCCUAGAGAAGGCACUGGCCUGUCUCCGUAAGGAUAUUCUUAUGAAUCAACAGAGUAUCUACAUGCGUACAUUUCGUCCAGCUAUCAAUGAAAAGGAACAUGAUGGUGCAGACACCUUAUUAGACAUGGAAAGAAAGCAGUUAUCUUAUCUUAAGUUUGAGUUGGAAACCGUGCUUAAAGAAACUAAAGACCAACAACAGACUCUAUGUACUUGUCGCAAGAAUCUGUUGACCUGUGUGUCAGAACGAAGCAGGGUUCUGGACCUUAUUCCAAAUGCAGUACUAGAUACAUCCACUACCGUUUCACUAAAUAAAGAUCUUCUCAAGCCCAACCCCAUUGGACCCUUUACACCAGAGUGCAAGGAAGUGAUUGAAGCAGCCCAGUUUGCUUGUGCUCAGUCCAGAGAGCUUCGCCAAAAAAUCACACAAAGUGUUGCAAGUGCAAAACGUCACCAGCAAGCCACUGAUAAGUCUGUCAAUGAUGGUGUCACCCAGAAGGUUUCAGAGACUGUUGGCUUACUGCAACGCCUGAAUGUAGGCACUGGUCAAACACGAAAUGCCAUCCACCGAGUGAAGCGCUGGUAUGAUGAAACAGAGCUGUUCAAAGAACAGGCCCUUGGUCCCACUCAUAGCAGUGACUUUCUCUCCAGAGAGAAGCUGGACAGACCACUGGUUCAAGUGUAUCAGCGACAUCCAGGAACUCAGCUUCCUGAAGCUGCAGCUGUGAUACAGGGAUGUGUUGGUUUCCAGCGGGCCAUGGAUACCAAUAACCGGGACAUAGGACAUUUGAACUUGGCAUAUAAUCAACUAGAAGAUGAUUUGCAGAGGAAAAAGGUAGCCAGCAAAAUUGAUUCUGCAGUGGUCAGAAUGCGACGACGCUACUCCAACCACCGCUGGAUUCAUACUGAUGUAAAAGCAGGAGAUGUGCCUUGUCCCUGGCGUUAAUUAGAAAUUUCAUAAAAUUAAGGAUUAAAAUGAAGAUACAUAUACAAAUACAAUCAAAAAUAAACUUCAUAAAUAUUUUCAUGCAACCAUCCCAGGUGUGUAAAAUAUAGAAUAAUAUCCAUUAAGGUUUUGGAGAGUUCAUGGCAUGUGGAAUUUGUUAUUUCUACCAAUAAACUACCAAUAUAAUUCAUCAUUAAAUUAAUCUUUUUACCCUUGCCGAAAA